GGGCAGGAAGCUCGAUCAUCUGCUUCAACAGCGGCCAAGCAGGCCACAUCGCGAGAGACUGGCCGGCGGGCAAAGGACAAGGUGCUUUUGCUAACAAUACGAAGUAUUGGCAAUCGAGGAAGGAGAAUGAGGAUAGCAUAAACCGGGUAGUCAGGUGGGUGGACUACAAAAUGUAGAAGGAAAUGGAGGAAGAGGAGAAUAAGAAGGUAGAGGAGGAGAAGAGAAAGAAGCCAAGCGAAGAAGCCAGCUAUUUGGAAGAGGAUAGGCGUGAUGAGAAGAUUCGAAGGAUGUUUGCGGAAAUCGAGCGAAGAAUGAUGGAGGAAUGCGACAGAAGAGACAUGAAGAUAGAAGAGGGGGAGCUGCGAACGAUAGCGGCAGUAUCAAGGGUUCUGCGUAACUUCAGAGUGGAGAUAAGGACUGAAAUCCAAAUGACACUAGCGGUGAACUCCAAGAUGACGAAACGGGACAGAGAAGUACUUGCGAGUGGGCUGGAUACUUACUUGAUGGAGGAAGAAGUGUUGACGGACGAUGGUUCGAAGCAUGGCCUGGAUAAAAUGUUUGCCUGGAGCGUGGCUUAUGACGAGGUCAACAACAGUGAAGCAGAGACAUUAAAGGAGAUGAAGCGAGACUUUGAAAGUCGUGGCCUGCACAAGCUGGUGAACUGGAACUCAAAGGGGAGGAUCGACAAUGCGUACGUGCUGCCCAAGCACAAGGAUCUCGAACGAUGGCGGACCAUUGCCCUAGCAUGCAGUGAACCCACGAUGACCGACAGUCGAUGGACUGCGAGGGCGCUCAACUACCUACUGGAAAAGCUCCCCGGGGCAGAGCAUUUCAACCUCAAUGUAACAACCAUGCUCAAGCAAAACUUGAAGAAAGUGGAGAAGAAGCUUCAUAUUUGGGGACUCCCUGCUGCAGCGCCCACCAAGGUGAAGAAGAUGGAUGCCACCAUCGCCAGGUACGGUCUGUACGAGUUUGUGGUGAUGCCAUUUGGCCUGUGCAAUGCUCCCGGCACUUUUCAGCACGCAAUGAAUCGGAUCUUUCAUGACUACUUAGACAAGUUUGUUAUCGUGUACCUCGAUGACAUACUUAUCUUUAGUAGGACUGUCGAGGAGCACGUGGAACAUUUAGAUAAAGUCCUCAGUCUCCUUCGUCAGCACAAGUUCAAGAUUAACGGUGAGACGUGUGAAUUUGGCAUCGCCCGUAUCUUGUACUUGGGUCAUGAGAUUUCCGCGGACGGGUUGAAGCCCGAUGACACAAAGGUGGCCAGCAUUCGUGAUUGGCCACGUCCUCAGUCUGUGACUGAGAUGAGAUCUUUCUUAGGGAUGAAAGGCUACUAUAGGACUUUCGUUAAGAACUAUAGCAUAGUGGCCGCCCCUUUGACUGAUCUGACCUGCCUUGACACCCCAUGGGAGUGGACAGACAAGUGCGAGGCUGCUUUCAGACAUCUGAAGCAUGCGUUGACGCACUAUGAGGUCUUGAAACUUCCCGAUCCUGACAAGCCAUUUGUAGUUACCACGGAUGCCAGCCAAUAUGGCAUUGGCUCCGUGCUUGCGCAGCAGGAGGGGCCAAAGUUGAGGCCGGUCGAGUACAUGUCCAAGAAAAUGUCGUCUCAGAAGUUGGCAAAGUCCACCUAUGAGAAGGAACUCUAUGCGGUGUACAAAGCUCUGACCCAUUGGAGACACUAUCUCCUUGGGAGGUUCUUCAUCCUCAAGACUGAUCAUCAGACCUUGAGAUGGAUGAAAACACAACCGGUGCUCUCUGACGCCUUGAAGCGUUGGAUCGAAGUCAUUGAGCAGUAUGACUUUGACCCCCAGUAUUUGAAAGGGGCGUACAACAAGGUUGUGGAUGCCUUGUCGCGUAGACCUGAUUUCUCAGGUGCGCUGAUAACUGAGUUCGAUCUGACGGACGAUGUAACUCGUUCUUUGGUGGAAGCCUAUCGCGAGGACCAGUUUAUGUCUGAGAUCAUACGUAGACUAGAGGCGAAGGACAAAAAGACUUCUGCUGAGUUUGAGGUGGUCAACGACUUGUUGUUCCUUGAGAAGCCAGGGAAUAAACGAUUGUGUGUUCCAAAUAGAGAGUCUUUGCGUAGUUUGUUUUUAGGCGAGUGUCAUGAUGCCACCGGCCAUUUUGGGUACAAGAAGACCGCAACCAAUCUGUUACAGCGGUUCUGGUGGCCCACGAUGAUGCGAGAUGCGCAGUUGUACGUGGAGACAUGUCAAGUCUGUCAAAGGGACAAGCCACGUACUCAGGCGCCUCUUGGGUUCCUGAAGCCCCGUCCGAUCCCGGAAAGGCCUGGUGAGAGCCUGUCCAUGGACUUCAUGGAUACGCUGGUCACAAGCAAGAGCAGGAUGAGACACAUCUUCGUCAUCGUGGAUAGGUUUAGUAAGUAUGCUAGAUUAGUAGCCAUGUCGGAGACUGUGAAGACCGAGUACGUCAUUAGAUUGUUUAAAGAGAAUUGGGUCAGGGAUUUUGGUUUGCCCAAAUCCAUAGUAAGUGACAGGGAUGUUCGAUUCACUAGUGAGUUGUGGAAGGCCGCUGCUGCGGAGUAGGGAACCCAGUUGCAAGUGACUUCUGGGAAUCACCCAGAGGCCAACGGCCAGGCGAGCAACUGAACCGCGUUGUACAACACCUGUUGAGGCAUUACAUCAAGCCCAACCAGGUGGACUGGGAUGAGAAGCUUGCUCUCAUCGCCAACAUAUACAGCAACGCUGUACACAGCGCUACCGGGGUAAGCCCAAACAACUUACUAUUGACUUUCAAGCCUAGACUGCCCUUAGACUUCCUUCUUCCUGAGAAUCAGUCAACUGCUGCACCAGGCACCUUAGAAUUUGCCUAUCGGUAUGAACAAAAGAUGCAGCAGGCGGUAGAACAAAUGCAGAAGGCACAG